AAUUCCAAAGCUUUCGUUCCAAAAUCCCCUAUUCACCAAAUCAUCUUUUUCUUCACAUUAAUUUCACCAAAAUCCCCAAAUCACCAAAUCUAUUUGCAAAAAAAAAUUGUAAGUGUGAAAUUGCUACUCCCUUUCGCAUCUAGCUUCCACCAAAUUCUCGAACCCUUGUCGCCGCCCCAACUUUCUCCAACCGCCGCUCCAGCCUUUCCUGGCCACCGUCGGCUCGCCCCGCCGCCGUCGGGUCGCCCUGCCCUGUCUCCUUCGAUUGACAGUCUGCCGCCUUCCACCAAAUCUCGAACCCUUGUCGCCGCCCCAGCUUUCUCCGACCGCCGCUCCAGCCUUUCCUGGCCGCCGUCGGCUCGCCCCGCCGCCGUCGGCUCGCCCUGCCCUGUCUCCUUUGAUUGACAGUCCGCGGCCUUCACCUAGCCUUUCCCUGACGACUCCGCAGCAGCAGCAUUUUCCAACGCCAAGUUCCCAACGAAAGGUAAUGCUAUUUGGGUGUUUUGAGAAUUUGUUGUGAGAAUUUGCACUUAUAAAUUUGUCUAUUUUUUCUUUUUCUCUUUCUACAUUCUCUGUAUUUUUUUAUACAAUUUUGUCUGGAUUUGAACUUGAAGCCCUCCGAAAAUAAGUUUCUGUCAACGCUGCUCCUGCCGUCAAUUGCUUUUUCUGAUUUUGCGAGAUGAUUUUAUUCAUUUAGCUAGCACUCAUGCAUCCAUCAUUCAAUUCAUCCUUUGUACAGUGACUUGUUUGAGAACACAUGUGACUUGUUUAUAGAAACAAAGCAAAGUCUUAUUUGAAGAUGAUUUGUAGCAAUGGUUGUAGCUAGGAGUGUCAUUCAUCUCUGCCUUCAGCUCAAGAUGAUUUGUAGCAAUGGUUGUAGCUAGGAGGAAUAGAAUGUUGUAGGGUGAAUCUGCAACUCCUUAGGACUUGUCUGAUACUUCUGGGCUUACACUUAGUUUUUAUUAAUGCUAUAUCUAGGAAAUUCACUCCAAACACGUGUGAGUUUGUGUCUUCUAUUGAAUGCACCUGUUGCCUUAUUCUGCUUCUUCAUUGAUCUGUUUGUGCUUCAUUGGAGCUGUAAUGAGUUAUAGAAUGUAUAUCUAUUCUUAUUGUUAUGUUCUUUUUUCUGGGUGCUCAACUGCUGCAUAUAAAGGAAAGCGUGCAGCAGCAUUGGCAGCUUGUAGGACGUUGGCUGAAGAUCCAACCAAGCUGUGUUUUCCAGCUACUAAGAUUGUUGCAUUUAAGGAACCUGCAUUUCGGAGACUAAUUUUUAUAACUAUGCUUGCAUGGGAGAAUCCUCUGCGGAAAGGAAAGGGUAACCGAGUUAAAUUAUUCAAAGGGAGUAAUUUUCAGAAGAAGCUCGUGGGAGAAGAAGCUUUUGUUCGCAUUGCUCCUGUUGUUUCUGGUGUAGCUGAUUGUCCCACUGCACAUAAUCUUUUCAGAGCUUUAGCUGGUGAAGAAAAGGGCGUCUCAUUUAGCAUAUGGUCCACAUAUAUUACCGAACUUGUCAAAGUGCAUGAAGGCCGAAAGUCUUAUCAAUUUCAGGACAUCUCCCAAUUUCCUAAGGAAAAAAUCCUGUGUCUUGGUUCCAGUCGAAAGCAGCCUGUUCUAAAAUGGGAGAAUGACAUGGCAUGGCCGGGAAAGGUCACUUUGACCGACAGGGCACUUUACUUUGAGGCAGCUAGCUUGGUCGGAGGAAAAGAUGUUGUAAGGCUGGAUCUUACUCAUCACAAUUCAAGAGUUGAAAAAACAAGGGUGGGACCUUAUUUGACUCUGCAAUCUCCAUCACAUCUGGUCCGGAGUGAUGCUAUGAGUAUCUACAAUGCAAACAAAGGAAAGAAAUUCAAGAACUCGGCAAAAUGGGAAACUGUAAAGGCUCCUAGGCAACCUGGUGGUACGGAAUGUGGAUUUUUUGUGAUGCGCUAUAUGAAAGAAAUAGUGCAAGGGUUUGAAAAGGACGCCAAUAUUUCUUUGCCAUCAUUGUUUACGAAUGUACAAUAUUCUCAAGUUGAAAUCGAUGAAGUUCGCGAGGAAUGGGCUAAGUGUGUUCUUACACAUGUAUUGGACUGAUCGGGUGGCAAUAACAGUUAGCAGGAAGAUAGGAAGCUAGAUGUGGCAUUUUGGUUGGUGUUUUGUAUGUCUUUUGAAUCUGGAAAAAAUGUAAGAAUAUGGAAAAGCAAGUGUUGAACACCAUUUUUUUGUUAAUAUUGUUUGGAUGUAAAUUACAUGACUAUUUUAGGUACUUUGAAGCUACAAUGUAUGGAAGUUUAAAUUAUGUUAUAUAAUAUGUUUUGGAUUGUAUUA